AUGUCGCGUUAUAGCGAUUACCGCCGGUCCACCGGAGCGUUCGACCAGGAUGCAGACCGGUGGGACGCCGAGCGAUUCUCGCGAGAACGCCAGGAUCGCAUGCACCCGCGAGCCCCCCCGGUUCUGGAACGACCCCGUCGAAUGGAAGAUGAGCGAUUUGAAUGGCGCCUCCAGGAAGACGACCGGUACGGACCCCCUGCCCGCCGGCCGGGCAGGUCUUACGACGACGACCACCUGGUGCAACCAUCGGGGCCCCUCGUGGCCUACGACCGCCGGGGAGAGAGCCCUCCGCCCCGCCCCCGCCUUCUACGCCGUCAAUCCUCGCUCGACACCUUCGACCGCAUCCCCGCGCGAAAGCUCGACGACUACUACCAUGCCCCCAGGGGAGCCCCCAGCCCGCCGCCUCGGCGCCGCCGGUCGUUUCGCCGGUCCCGCGAGUCGGAUUCUUACGACGCUAUCCGCAUCGCGGAGCCGGACUACUAUGGCGAUGAGGAGUUCCGGGGCUUUCGUGAGCGGGAUCUCGUUACCCCGCCGCGUCGCUCCGGUAGUCGGUUUCGAGAGCGUGUGACGCAGGAGGUCGAGAAACCUUACCCGCGCAAAGGCAAGACACGUAUGCCUAAGAAUCUGGUCCAUGUCCGCGCUAUCCGCGAGUGGCAGUACCCGUACCACGAAGAGGGUGACAUGGUCAUCAUUGAUCUGGCGCUGUCAAAGGAGCAGAUUGAUGAAGUCAUCGGGCGGAGUCGCGAGAUCAAGCGCCAAAGUGAGAUCGAAUCUCGACGUCGGAGUCCUUCACCCGUCCGCCACAAACACCCAUCCUCCCGUACGAUGGAACGACUGGCGAUGGAGCGAUCGUCUCCUAGAAGCAGCGGGGAUACCUUGAUCAUUGAGGGAUCGCCCUCGCGACACCGCUCACACUCCCGCCAUUAUGACCUGUCUGAGAGACGGAUCAAAAGGACCGUCUCGCGGUCCCGGUCGAUCUCAGUCCACGGUCGACAUCGGGGACGCUCCUCCCCGGUUCGCAUGGUUGGCCUGGUGGGGCGCUCUUCCGACGACCGCGUUGAGGCCGAGAAACCCCGCACCGGCCCGCUGGCCGUCGUGGUGCGACCGCGCAGCAGCGACGACGACCUUCGCGAGUACCUGGAAUUGGACCGACUGCAUGGCCGUGGGGACGUGAUCCGCGAUACGCGGUUGAUGCUGGGCAAUGGCGAGCAGGAGGAAAUCGUCGAGACGAGACAGGACCGCAAGGCGUCCUCUCCACUUGAUCGCAUCCCUGAUCUUUUCUACUACAUCAUAUUUGAUUUGUUACCCCCCUUUGAUUUCACCAUGGACAAGGUGCAGGCGUUCGGAAAGAACCUCAGCGCGAACUUCUCGCCCUUUGCUGCGCGCACCCAGCAGAUGAUCAAGGAGCAGCUGGGCCAGGUAGAGGACAAGACCCAGCUCCCCGAUGAGUACAUCGAGCUGGAGAAGCGCGUAGAUGCUCUGAAGCUGGUCCAUCAGAAGCUGCUGCAGGUGACUUCGCAGUACUCCAACGAGCCCUACGACUACCCUCCCAACAUUCGCGAGUCCUUCAACGACCUGGGUCGCACCAUCAACGAGAAGGUCCAGCUGCUGUCGCAGGCGGCGUCGCCCGCAGAGGCCCAGGCGGCCCUGACCGCGCCCCCGUCCGCCAAGCCGCAGCCCAAGACGUUCAACCACGCCAUCGCGCGUGCGUCGCUCGCCGGGUCGCAGACGCUGGCGCAGAGCUCGACCGGCGAGGACCCGCUGGCGAGCGCCCUCGAGAAGUAUGCCCUGGCUUCGGAGAAGGUCGGCGAGGCCCGUCUGGCGCAGGACGCGCAGAUCCAGUCGCGCUUCCUGGCCGGCUGGAACACCACUCUCAACACGAACUUGAUGUUUGCUGCUAAGGCGCGCCGUAAUGUUGAGAAUGCCCGGCUUAUGCUUGACUCUGUCAAGGCGAGCAAGAAGGCUGCUGCUCGGGGUGAUAUGGAUAACCUGAGCGAGGAGGCCCGCGCGGAGAUUGAGCAGGCGGAGGAUGAGUUCGUUGGUCAGACUGAGGAGGCUGUGAGCGUUAUGAAGAAUGUCCUCGACACCCCCGAACCCCUGAGAAACCUGGCGGACCUGAUCGCGGCGCAGCUGGAGUUCCACAAGCGCUCGUACGAGAUCCUGAGCGAGCUGGCGCCUGUUGUCGACGGGUUGCAGGUCGAACAAGAGGCCAGCUACCGUAAGAGCCGCGAGGGCGCGUAG